AUAAAUACUGGGUGAACCCGAACAUUCAUUACAGUUCAGUUUGGUACUUCCAGAAGACUCGAAUCAAGCUCUACAAUCAUGAAGCUCGUCAUCCUGUUCGCCCUGUUUGCUCUGGCCAUCGCCCAGGACAGUUAUCCAACCAAAUACGACAACAUCGAUGUGGAUGAGAUCCUUAGCUCAGAUCGUCUCUUCAAGAACUAUUUCAACUGCCUGAUGGACGCUGGACCAUGCACUCCGGAAGGCAAUGAGUUGAAGAAGUAUCUGCCGGAUGCCAUUGCAACGGGAUGUUCCAAGUGUAACGAGAAGCAACGCGAGGUGACGGCCAAGGUGGCCAAGUUCCUGAUCGAGCAGCGUCCCAAUGAGUGGAAUUCUCUGCGAGGAAAGUACGAUCCUGAUAACACUUUCGCCGAAAAGUACAAGGAUGAGGCGGCCAAGUUCGGAAUCAAACUGUGAGGUGUGAAUCAGCAGUAUCAUUUGCCCCACUUCAAGGAUGGUGCAGUUUGAACAUGUAUUCAAUGAGUGCUGCCUUCUAUAAUAUCACGAACACGAAUCAACUUCUUUAAAUACACUUUUUUGUUUAAAAAAACGACCU